CCCCCUCCAUCCGUGUUUGGCUCUCAGAUGCGAGACCCUCGCAGCUGUCAGGCUGAAUCGUGUCCAGGUUGCUGGACUGCGCGCCGCUGCGUGUUCAAUCUUACAUUAAUCCAGCGCGCUCGUGCCUCUGCAUGGCUACAGCGACCGGGACGACUGGGCUGGAGGAGUGUGUGCAGCGGGGGAGAUCUCAGAGUGAUCCGAGCGUCCUCACCGAGGCUCGGAUAGUCUACAACAACAACAGCGCAGAUGUUAUGGAGCAGCAGAGAGCCCUUCACUCCGGUUGCCUGGUGACAGGGGUCCGUACGCCCCCCAUACGACGCAACAGCAAGCUGGCUAGCCUGGGCCGCAUCUUCAAGCCCUGGAAGUGGAGGAAAAAGAAAAAUGAGAAGUUAAGGCAAGGCUCCACAGGAAUGGAGAGGAAAGUGGCGGCUCGACAGCCUCGUGAUGAGCUGGUGAGGAAAGGUCUGGCAGAGGCGGGUACAGGGUCAGGUCUGGCAUGUGGGGGGAACUCUGAGGAGCCAGGGACCCCCACCCAGGAAUACUCAGAUACCGAGGAGAGAGAGGAUGAGAUCAUGCCUCCACUGGCCAACGCCUCUGAGGAGAUGGAACCUGAUGAUGAGGACAAUCCUUCCACAGUGAAAGACGUCCCAGACGAACCCGAACCCGCAGGGGAGCCGAGCCGAAGUGAAGAAGAACAGGAUCAAGAGGUUUCUUUCUCUGAGGCCUCCAGCAAGGACAGCAGCACUCCUCCCACUGAAGCUGUCGAAAGUCCAGAGGAACCAAAGGCAGAGCCGCCGCGCAGAGAAGCCCGCACCCCACCCCCAAAGCUGCCAGCCAAACUCCUGCCCAGACUGGGCAGCCUGGACAGUUCUCACCCCAAUCAUAUGCGCCCUGCUCCAGCCACUCUUCCCCGGAACUUCACCCUUCCCAAAGACGCACUGAGGGGCCGUAUAUCCACCCCCACAGGUUCCCCACACCUGGGCAAUAUGCACCCGGCACUGCCCCCCAGCUGCAUCAUAGAGGAGCUGCACCGAGCACUGGCUACCAAACACCGUCAAGACAGUUUCCAUGGUAAAGAAGUCCGCAGCUCCCCGAAAAGGCGCUCUGAUGGACGUCUUUCACGCACCUCCAGCACAGAGGGAGAGCAGCAGGGUGGAGAAGUGGAGGAGAACAAGGAGAACAUGCGGCUGGACGAGUAUUACAGUGACCAGGACAGCUGGAACGAAUCUGUGAUUUCCGGGACACUGCCACGGCGGAUAAGGAAGGAGCUUCUGGCUGUGAAGCUGCGCAACAGACCCAGUAAGCAGGAGCUGGAGGACAGGAACAUCUUUCCAGUCCGCAGCGACCAGGAGCGGCAGGAGAUCCGCCAGCAGAUAGAGAUGAAAUUGGCCAAGAGACUCAGCCAGAGACCCGCGGUGGAGGAGCUGGAGAGCAGGAACAUCCUCAAACAAAGGAAUGACCAGACGGAGCAGGAGGAGAGACGAGAAAUUAAACAGAGGCUGAACAGAAAGCUGAACCAGCGGCCCACGGUAGACGAGCUACGAGAACGAAAGAUCCUCAUCCGCUUCAGCGACUACGUGGAAGUGGCCAAAGCUCAGGACUAUGACAGGAGAGCAGACAAGCCCUGGACUAGACUGUCUGCUGCAGACAAGGCAGCAAUACGCAAAGAGCUGAACGAGUUCAAGAGCAACGAGAUGGAGGUCCACGCGUCAAGCAAACACCUCACCAGGUUCCACCGGCCAUAGCAGCGAGGUUUCUUCUGUGAAGAAUAUGCUGGACAUCAAAGGAAGUCCUCAGGAGGAACUUUCCUGUGCCCUGGCCCAUGAGGCGGUCCCUGGAGGGCCCUGCAGGUUUUUUUUGGGCAUUAGUCGAACCUUGGAGGCUAUGUCUCUGGAGCUUCAGCCUGGAGAAGCUAAAGCUCGUUCGUGCAAGCUCUGUGAAACUCUCUACUCAGCCAAGCUUCGUCUCUGUAGAUUUCGGUACCUGUUUAUUUUUCAUUUUCUUCUCUCCAGAAGAAGCUUGAUGAUGAUUAUGAAGAAAAAAAUCAAGAAGAAAAGAAACCCAGGCUCUUUUUUAACAGACUCUUUUUUUAAGUUCGCCUUUCAAAUGCCAAUAGGGAGGGACGUUGGGGGAGGGGGAGGUCUUGCAUGUGACUCAAAACUCAGAACCUUUUACCCUCACCAGUGCCGGUACUGUAGUCACACCCCGAGAGUUUGUGGGCUCCCACUUAAAAAAAAAAAAAAAGAAAAGAAAAGGAGAAAAAAAGAAAAGGAAAAACAAACAAAAACUUGAGUUUCAUAUCAACUGUAUAAAUGUCAGUCUGAGGGAAUGGGGGGAAAAACGGAAUUCAUGUCUUACCUUUGUAAGCACUAUUUAUUGUCUGCACAGUACAAGUUUUGGAUUUUUGAGAAA